AUGGCAUCUUCUUCUCGCCAAAAGGUCGUCGUGGUGGGUGCGGGACCCGUUGGGGCCCUGGCGGCGCUGUAUGCGGCCAGCCGAGGCGAUGAAGUCGAAGUAUACGAGUUGCGCGGAGAUCUCCGCGAUCCCGCGACGGUGCCUUUGAACUUCACCAAGUCGAUCAACUUAGCUCUGUCGGAGCGCGGUAUUACUGCAAUUCGGCAGUCGCACCGGUCCAGUUUGAUCGAUGAUGUACUCCGUGAGACUAUCCCCAUGUACGGGCGGAUGAUACAUGGCCGAGAUCGGGGCCAACUGUGGGAGGCCGCACAGGCCUAUGACAUACACGGCCGAGCAAUCAAUGCAGUUGAUAGGGGGACUCUCAAUAAUGCUCUACUCGACGAGCUUGAGCGCACUCCCAACGUCAAGCUCUUCUUCAACCACAAAUUGACCGGUGCGGACUUCCGUACGAACAAAGCUUGGUUUGAGCGUCGCAUUCCAGGUGAGACGCCGCAGCCAGAUUCUCUUGGUGUUGCUGGACGAUCGCCCGAGAUCGAGGUGUCAUACGACUACCUGAUUGGCGCCGAUGGUGCGCACUCCGCUGCUCGCUUCCAUAUGAUGAAGUUUGCCCACGUCGACUAUCAGCAAGAGUAUAUUGACACAUUAUGGUGCGAGUUCCGAAUCCCACCCUCAGAGCAAGGAGACUUCCGCAUCUCUCCCAACCAUCUCCACAUUUGGCCCGGGCGCGAGUUUAUGUUCAUUGCACUGCCUUCGGCCGACAAGUCAUUUACAUGCACGCUCUUUGCUCCAGAAGCAAACUACACAGCGCUGGAAAAUGCGCCCCGGAACCUAGAAGAAUUCUUUGAUGAGCAUUUCCCCGGUGUCUGUCCGGAACUAAUCGACCCUGAGGCUUUGAACGAAUCUUUCAAUCUGAACCCUCAUCUGCCAUUAAUCAGUAUCAAGUGCCGGCCGCACCACUACAGUUCCACCGUUGUAAUUCUCGGUGACGCAGCCCACGCCGUUCUCCCCUUCUAUGGCCAGGGCCUCAAUGCCGGUCUGGAAGACGUGCGAGUUCUCUUCGAGCAGCUCGACAAGCACGGCGUCUACGACCCCGACACCAGCGUGUACACCCGCAGCGUCAGACGCCAAACGGCUUUCCAAGCAUACACAGACAUCCGCUGUGACGAUGCGCACGCGAUCAAUGACUUGUCGAAAGAGAAUUUCCUUGAGAUGCGAGCGGGAGUCAAGUCACCUCUUUACAAGCUGCGGAAAUCUAUCGAGGAAACCAUCGACCGUUGUCUUCCUUCCCUUGGCUGGAGGACCCAAUAUUCUCGCGUCAGCUUCAGUACCCAGAGAUACUCUGAAGUUGUGCAGGCGGUUCAGCAUCAGAGUGAGGUCCUUGGAAUUGGUCUGACCUCAGCUUUGGUUACGGGUGCUGGGGCACUGUCCGUGUUGAUGUGGAAAUACCCCCCCUGUGUCGCUUAUUAA